GGGAUGAGGGUCCCACCACACUGGCUGCUCACCAGCACUGAACUGGGCCCCUUCCCGCGGAGGGUGGGGGUGGAUUACUGGUGGCUGAGCCCCGAGAUUAAAACAUGGGCGGAAGAUUAAUCCUGGGAAGAGUUUGCCCCGUUUAAUAGAGCCCGGCAAGUGACAUAAAUACCAGGCAGGAUUAGGGGCUGUCUGCAGCCGUGGCAGCCCAGGGACGGAUCCAGCCUGGGCCCAGUCCCCCCUGGCUGGCGGGUCCCCUCCCGGGCCACCCUUGGGCUGGGAAGGGGCUUCUGCAUGGCAAGGGGAGGCAAAACACCCGGUGAAAGUGUGGGGGCUGGGAUUUAGAUUUGCUAUGGCAACCCGCUGGCAUGGAAGGAGCGCCAGGAAAUGUCAGGGCGAGGUGAGCCCCGGGGAGGGGCUGGGGCUGCUGGGGAGACUCUCCGCAUCCCACCGUGGGGACACGGGAACGGCUGGUGGGACCCGGAGGGCAGCAGCAGGAGACCUGGGAGCCGCCUGGAGCAACGCAUCCCCCCGGCCGCCUGCAGGUCCAGUAACGCCCCAUUGUGACUAGGGUGGGGGGGGGGGCCCUGGGGUGCCCCCAGCCCCAUUUUUGUCUUGCAGGGAGGCCCUUCUCACCCUCUGCCCUUGGCCAUGCCCCUGCCUACCUGCUGAGCAUCCCCCCAGCGUGGCGGAAACAGUGGGAUGCCCCGUUGCACUGGACCCAAAGGUGGCACCCAGGGACCCCCAGCUUUGUUGGGGGGGGGCAGUGAUUGGGAUGACACUGGGAAGAGACAGAGCACCUGCGCUUGCUGUCUGGCACCUAAUCCACCCUGCGGGGGUCCUGGUCCACAGCGGAGGGGUCUGAGCCAUCUCCCCACCUCUAUGGCUCCUUGUCCCCUUCCCAGCUGGCCAGAGAGCUGCCCCAGUAAAGCCCAGUUACCUGCAGGCCCAGCAUGGCAGGGGGCUGUGCUUCUCCGGGAGGAUGCUGGGCUCCAGUGCUUGCGGCUGCGGAACCGGUGGGGCUUUGUUUCCCAGUCGGUGCCAGCACCUCUCCCUCUGCUGCCGAGGGGAUGUGCUGUCAGGGCUCUGCACCCCUAUUUGCGGGGCCGUGGACCCCCAGAUCGGGGGGGGCUGGUGGACAGGUUGCUGUUGGAGGGACAGUCCCCUCCCCAGAGCCGUGGAGCAGCGCAGUGGUGUCACAUCCCAGCCCCGGGGGGGGAUGUGCGGGCUAGUGGUUCGUGUCCCUCGGGGUUGUGGUGCUACCGAGGGGACAUCUCGGCUGUGGAUGGGGGUCUCGCCACUGCCUCCACCCAGACGGCUCUGGCCCCGCCGGGAGAGCACCGAGGCGGUCCCGGGCCACGGGUGGCGGGGGAGAUGCGCCCCCUCGGAGCCCCCAGCCACGCGUGCCCGCAGAGCAGCCCUGGGGGCGCGGGCAGGGCCGGGGCUCAGGGGGCUGGGCGCUGCCUGUCCCUGCCGCCACUCGACGGGACGGGACGGGCCGCCCGCUCCAGCUGGGGGCCGGUCUCCGCUCCCGGAGCCCUUUCACGCCUUAUAACGGGACGGGAACGAGCCCCGGGCCGGGGGCAAGCGGGCACGGGCACAGACCCGAGAGCACGGGGGUGCCCGGCCCCUCCUUGCCUCGCCGCCGCAGCAAACCGGGGCCGAGCCGGACACCGGGGGCUGCUCCCCACCCCCCCCUCCCCCCCGUGUAUCCUCCCCCAAACACCCACUUUGUUGUUUUGCAAAACCCCUGAAAUAUUCAUGGCGCUGCGCCGAGCGCCUCUUAAUGAAUUUUUGAUCAAAACGUUAUCAAGGAGCCAAAAUAAGCCGCCCCCCCUCCCUAAACCCCCACCAUCGCGGGGGGACACGACCGGCCCCGGUGGUACCGGGGGGCUGGAGGAGCCGGGCCCAGCCGGAGGGGCCUUUCGCGGGGCCGGGCAGCUCGGGGGUCGCACCCCGCCGCGGGGCACGGUUAUUCCGGGGCCGGAGGCAGGAUUUGGGGUGGUCGACGUGCAGCCCCGGCCUCCUGCUGUCCCCCGGACCGGGAGGGACCGGCCGAACCCCCGUGAAGUCCCGGUUAGACGGGACGGGCGGUGGGCAGCCGGGGCAGCACGUCCCGGCACCCCCCAGCCCCGCCGGGGGGAAUAUUCGUUGAUGGGGAAAUGCAUAAGCGGAGCUCAUUAGGGGAGAGCAGGGAGCCGGCGGCCUCCCCGGCAGCAGCAGGCCGGGGGCUGCCCCUACCGGGGGCGGGCAGAGCUUGCGGGGGGGCACCGGGGCAGCCCCCGCUCCCGGCCCGGGCCCGGGUCCGCGGGGGGACGCGCACCCCGGUCGUGCCGGUGGCUGCAGCAACCUCGGCCCACCCCAGCCCGGCUCUGCGGCUCGGUGUCUGCGGGGGUGUGCGCUCACCCAACCCCCCCGGGGGACAAAUUUGGGGCACAAACCCCGCCGGGCGCUGCGCGGAACCGCCUUUACCGCCAGCGAUUUUUAACGCGCUCUGAAAAUCCCGGUGCGGCGGAGCAAGGGGGGACUCCGCUCCCAGCCACUUCGGACCUUGGAGGUGUUAAGACCCGGGGCCGGGGCGGGGGGGUGGGGAAGG